AUGAAUGCGAGUAUUAAUCAAUAUAAUAAUGUGAAUAAACUUUCCUUUGAGGAGAAAAUAAUUUAGGUAUUCUAUUCUUAUAAUAUGAUUAAAGUAAGUAAUCUUAAAAAAUAUAAACAAAUAAAUCAGAGUAAAAUUGGUUUAUUGGAUUAUAGUGUUAAAUUGAUUUUCCAAACUAAUGAUAAUUAAAAACCAUUACAGUAAACAUUUAUUUUUUAAAUACAAUAAAUAAGUUCAUUAGUUGAUUUAAGUCUUUUAAUAAAAUAGAAUUGA